UAAAUCCGACGUAGUUCUGCUUCGAAGAGGAGGAUGAAUAGCCAUUAGAUCAAAAGCAGCCUAGAAUUGUAAGCACGCAGAGUUACCAACUCCUCAUUAAGAUCUCGAGCUGCGUUUAAACUAGCGUGAUUAGAGCAUAUUAGCUAAACUUGAGUUGUGCAUGACCCAUCGAUGAUUCGCGCUAAAGGUCGUCCGAAGGCUAAACGAUUGAGAAAUGAAAUGGAUGAAGGCCCUACAGGUACUAUGAGAUGCAGUAAAUGCAAGCAAACAGGGCAUAACAGGACGACAUGUGCUAGAAGAUCGGAGGGACACAUAGGGAGUUCCACUGGCGCCGAUGCAGGUGUCAGUGGAUCCCGGACCGAUUGAUCCUUCAGUCCUGACAUUACAGGCCACGCACCGGAGCGAGGAUGUGUGGUGUGGCCUGGAUGUUCAGGUAGAUAGGUGUCGUGAGCACCUACGCAGUAUAUUCCACACGGGGGUGGACGAUAGUAUUCUACAUUACGUUCGAUUAGCUGGGUUUUAUGGUGUUCACAGAUUAGUUUCAACUCUGCAUAUAGAUAGAGCAUUACUACCGCUCUACUUGAGCGUUGGAGGCAGGAGACUCACACGUUCCAUUUGCCGGUGGGUGAGGUCACGAUCACAUUAGGAGAUGUGGCUGUAUUGGCAGGUCUACCGAUUGAGGGUCGGGCAGUUACUGGGACUGCAUGUAGACUGUGGGUUGAUUUGGUACACAGAUUGUUGGGAGUACGGCCACACCCUGGGAUAGAUAUUCGGGGGUCCGCCUUGAGGAUGGCUUGGUUGAGAGAGCAUUUUGUUGGUUUACCUGCUGAUGCUGAUGACGAUGUUGUGCAGCAGUACGCGAGAGCCUACAUUCUGAUGCUUAUGGGAGCUUCCACGUUUGCGGACAAGAGCAGGAAUGAGGUGCAGGUCUUGUAUUUACCCAUUCUGGAGUCUUUUGAUGUAGCUGCAGUUUAUAGCUGGGGUAGUGCGACUUUAGCAUACCUAUAUCGGCAGUUAUGUCGUGGUUGUCAUCGUGACAGUGGAGAGAUGGGUGGGUUUUUAUUGCUCAUACAGCUAUGGUCAUGAGAGCACAUUCAUAUCGGCAGACCUGUCAUACUGUGAUAUCAUGGGGUAGAUGGUGGUCCUCUUGAUGAUGAUAUGGAUUAGCACGCUGUACUUGGGCCACAUCAUGUUCGUGGCGAGGAUCCUUUGGGUCGUAGAUGGCUAUUUGCUCAUGUCACGCGCACGUCAUCCGCUGCUGGAUUAGGAUACUACCGAGAUGCUUUAGAUCGCUUGUGUGAUGAUCAGAUGACUUGGAUGCCGUACACUGAUGAGAUUCUAGGGCUGUUGCCUCCUGUUGCCAGAGAGCACACUGAGAUAUGGCGAGCACGUGUGCCCUUGAUAUGUUUUGAUGUAGUGGAGCAUCACUUUCCCGAUCGCGUACUACGCCAGUUCGGGUUGCAGGCUUGCAGCAGGUUACUCCCGGACCUUGUGAUACAUCUGUGGAUUUGCACAAGAUUGAUAGACGGGGGAAGCACACUGAAGAUUGGGGGAUGCGCCAUAUUCAGUAAAUCACUAUGUGGGAUGAGAGAGCGGCGUAUAUAGUGGACGGGAUCCCAUCAUUAGUCCCCACAGCUUCUGUAGACUACAUGAGAUGGUAUUACACCAUCACACGGGUGUAAAUCUCUCCCAGUUUUCGUUUACCCACUGAUCAUUACCAGCCUAGCUCAGUCGCUCUUCAUAUGACGACACGGGCUUUGCGUAGCAUCCAUGACAGAGCGAUUGCUAUACUUGAUGAGGCGGUAGAUGUACAGGGAUACCAUGAUGCAUGUUCAGGCAUUCUUUCACUGUGCGCUGAUGUAUUGGGUCGAGUGGAUUAUGGAUAUAUGGCCACCUCUCAGCAUUCCACCGCAUCUACAUCCGCAGCAGGGUCUUCUCAGGCAGUCCGACGUGAUAGAGUUGUUCUUCAGCCUUGUAACCAGCGCAGGCGUCCCCGAGCACAGCCACAUGAACUUCAUGAUGAUGAUGAUCACGUUGACUUAUGAUCUUUGUAUUUAAAUUAUUGUGUGAAAGUUGUAGCAUGCACUGGCAGAUCGAAUCAUUUUGUGAAACACCAGAUUUAUUAUAACUUUUAUGGUUUAUACUCAAUUUUGUGGUGCAUUGAUUCGUUUUGUGAAAGUUUCAUAAUAUGUAGUUUCAUUGAUUCGUUUUGUGUUUUGGAUAUAUGUUGUAAUGUAGUUUCAUUGAUUCGUUUUGUGUUUCGAGUG